AUUCUUUGGAUGGUUUUCUUUUCCAGUCAUGCAGUUGAAGGGAUGUUUGAGGAUUCUUGCAUGGAAUAUUUAGGCAGGGGCAGCAGUGGUGGUAGGGAAGAAACAUGGAAGCAAAUUAGGGAAUGGUUGUUUUACUUGCAUCUCAGCCCGAUAAUUUUAGUGAAGUGGGGAUGUGAAUGUGAUCAGACUGAGUUUCCCUUGUGGAAAUCCUCCUGGGGAGAACAGGAUGAUGCAUAGAUGAAGCUUCAAUUGGUGCAAAUUGUGGCAGUUAAGUAGCUAACUAGUGCAUGCUCUUUGGACUAUAAUUUGCUUUGAAAGACCUACCCUGGUUGCCAGUUUUCUGGCUCAGCUGAAGAUGUUGAAUAUAUAACCUUCAAACCCUCAGAUAGUUUAAGAGCUGCCCUAUCCAAAGGACUGCCUAUCUCAGUGUAAACCUGCUGGGUUGCUGAAAUCUACAGGAGAGGAUCUCCUGAGAAAGCCAUUGCCAUAGGCAGGCUUAUCAGUCAGGAGUGAAAGAUGCCUUAUCUCCUGUUUCUCCAAAGCUGUAGAAUUCAUUCAUUCAUUACAUCUCUGCUCAAUAACCAAAUGCUCUGGUUGGCUUACAGAGCUUAAAAGUCUUAAAUUGUACAUAGGAUUGAAACAGCGUACAUACAAACAUUUAAGCAGAUACUGGGUGCAACUAUAUAAAAUAUAAACCAGACAAUCUCCCAACAACCUUAACAACCUGUAAUAAAAAAAUCUUAUGACGUGUUUUAAAAACUUAUAUUUUGCCAAAUGCCUGAGAAAAGGUGGCCUUCUAGCACUGAGAAGCUAAUGUUGGCACUGGCUGUGCCUUGCUGGGGAAUUCAUUCUAUAAUGGAGGGUGCACUUCCCUUGGAGGAGGGCCUUAAAUGGUGAGCACAACAUAGAGGUAGGUUCAUGCCAGGUAUUGCACCCUACAGAAUUAUGGUUGGCCCUGACUUUUCUUGGCUUAGAAAAGGGUAGAAGGGUAUGAAGUUGCCUUUUAAAUUAUAUAAUUGCUUCAUUAUUUUAACUCUUACAGUAUUAUUGUGUGAAUGCUUUAUUGUUUUAAAUUGUACAGAUUGCAAGUUCAUUGUGAGAUAAAUGACAAGCUUACCUUUUGAAUUAAUUAUAAUUGAGUGGUGAAUUUCAGACUGGCAUGAAACCAGGUGGAAAUUCGGAUUCCUGGAUGACUAUAUACUGGUUGAUAUGUGGAGUCUAUCUGCAUGGAAGCUCGUGGGGAUGGUUUGCUAAUUUCAACCUCAGCAGCAGAAUGGUCCUUUUUGACAUCUUUAUCUCAUCAUAACUUGUGGUGACAACUGUCCUGUUCUGGAUUUCCAAAUAGUGGAACACCUGCCGUUGCAAUCAUGGGUUCAAGACGAACAGAUGUUCCUGCUAUUGAGCAUGGCUCUGGAAACCUUCUAGGAAAGAUGUCCCAGCCAAUUGGAAUGAGUCGUCGGGCAUUCAGUUAUGAUGAUGCCCUGGAGGAUACUGCACCAAUGACUCCUCCUCCUUCAAAUAUGUGCUCCAAUAUCCUGUGGAAACAGCCAGUCAUCCCAGAACGUAAAUAUGAGGAGCUUUCCAAGGUUGAGGAAGGGGAGACUAGUAUGCAUCCAUCUGCUAUAAACCCCUCAUCUUCCACUGAGACUGUGAACAAGGUUCCAGUAGUGAAGGCCAAGGCCACCCACAUCAUGAAUUCUCUCAUUACAAAACAAACUCAGGAGAGCAUUCAGCGCUUUGAGCAGCAGGCAGGGCUGAGAGAUGCCGGAUACACUCCCCACAAGGGCCUCACUGCAGAGGAGACAAAAUACCAUCGUGUGGCUGAGUCACUCCAUACUCUGAAGAUGCAAAGUGGAGAGAUGACAAAAGAAGAUAAACAGACAUCUUCUGUCCAAUCUACUCCAAGCAACACUCCCCAUUCUUCUCCCAAGCGAACAUUCAGGGGCUGGUUUAGUCAGGGAACUUCCACAGCUAUCGCUGGUUCUGAUCUUGGCUGCAUGGAUCCUAGCAGUGGAGAAAGUGAUAAAGUACCAUCUGAAAAAUGGAGCUUCUUUGGACCAAGAGCACUUCAGAGAUCCACUACUGAUUCUGGGAGCUUUACUAUCCAGUCUUAUAAGGGUGCCCAGAAGCCAACCCCAAUGGAGCUAAUGCGCGCUCAGGCUACCAGACUGGCAGAGGACUCCUCAACUUUCAAGCCUCCCAAGAUGGACAUUGCAUCUAUGGAAGAAAAUAGACGAUCCCCACGUUCCCACAACCUCAAACCCCGGGACAUGAAUGUACUUACUCCCACUGGGUUCUAGGAACAGCUUCACUUACAUGGGAGGAUGGUCUUGGUAUUUGAUAAUGGACCAAAUGGUCCUGGGCUGUAUUUCCCAUUACACUAAUGAACAGGUGACAUAGGAAUUAGCUCAGAAUUAUAGAUGGUGAUGAAACAAGAUCUGGGCAAUUUUAUGGACUUACUGCUUUUUUCUUCUCAAAUGUCUUCUGUACAUGUUGUUGUAGCCGUUCGGCCAGUGAAGUUCUGAUCUUUAACCCAGUGCUUUUCUAUAGAGCUAAGUUUUAUAAAGGGAAAACCACCAACAGCUUUUUUUGGUUGGACUAUGUGGACUGAUACACCUGGCUCAUGUUACUGAAAUGUACAUUGUAUGCCUUUAGCAUCUGAAUGGCUCCGUUUUCAAACUUUUGAGGGAAUGUAGCACUAACUAUACUGAGAGUCUUGCUCCUGGAGGGAUUCUGUAAUCUUCAAACCUGGAGGUUGACUGCACGGCUGCAUGCACUUGUAAGAUAUCAUGUUUCAUCAUGGAAGAACAGUUGUAUGAAAUACACAAUCUGUGAAGUCCUUUGCUUUUGACAUCAGAUAGUUCAGCGUAUCAUAAUGCUAAAGCCGGAGGAUGAUGGACAAGUUCCUUCAUUUCCAGAGUAGCAAGAUUCUGGGAUCGUGGCUGUGGCAUUGUUUGGGACUUCUAGUGGCACCUUCUGGGAAAAGGAUUUGAAAUGGGAAUUAAGUUACUGACAUGUUUAUGCUUUCUUAGGAGGCAGAGGGUUUCAAAGUACAGCGUAGGAGGAUUUUAACUUAAAUGUUCAACUUAGUUGCAGACAUAACUAAUUGGUAUAAAAGCCUAUUUUCACAGAUCUGUAAAUGAAGCAGUGGAAUACCUGUUGUAGUCUGUCUGUGGCCUGAGGCAAAUGUGGCAUGGACUGGUCGUGUUUUCUUGGUCUCAACUCUAAGCCGCCGGUUGGCUUUAUAUUACAGCAAUGAGAUGGCAGACUUGGAACAUCCAUUAUAUAGUUCUGUUUGUUUAAUGGCAUGUUUGUUCAGACUUUUGCCACUAAUCUUUUUCAUGCUCUUAAGAGGGUUUGUGUUCUAUCUAAAACCAAAUGUUCUUUUGACACAUUAUGAGUGAUACUGUAGCGAAGUGACCUGGUUAAGUCUCAUCCAUCUUCUCAUCUUGAAUGUGUAUUGUUUUAAUAGCACUCCAACUAUGUCAAUCCUGUUAGCUAUUGCCAUCACAGUAGCCUGUGAUCCAGCUCCUUAGUUAAUGUUUAAUUUAUUUUGUGAUGUUUUGUGCUCACGUCUCUGUGCCUAAUAUUUUCAGUGGAAUUAAAAACCCCCCAGCAACAAGAA